AUGGCCAGUAAUCCUUUAGACGAUAUUCGAAGACCGCCGCAUCCGACGACCCGGGUUUCGCGUGCAUGCCAGAGAUGCCGGCGGCAGAAAUUGAAGUGUGAUGAAGCUCGCCCAUGCACAAUGUGCAUGCGGUCUGGGGCUUCCUGUCUAUCCCGGGAGGUUGCCAGUCUUAGCCGCACUGGAAGGCGAAAUACACGACGGGAAACUGUUACACCGCCAUCGGCUCCUGUUAGCCAAGAGUCUGCAGUGCAAAACCGCUCGUACAAGCGCCAACGAUUUGGGGCGAGUAGUUCUGCUGUUGGUUUCGCCGUGAACAUAUUCGGAGAGUAUGCGGCUUCCCACUCGGAAGAUAUCUCCACCAUACCAGGCCUUGCUGCCCCUUCAGGGCAUCCGAAGAGUGAUUGGACUCUUGAAACAAUGUCCAUGCCGCCAGGAGAAUUGACGCGUAGCUUGCUUGAAGCAUACUUCCGACACAUGCAUUGGUUUAAUCUUGUCUUUCAUGAGAAAACAUUCAUGCACUCGGUCACACCUCUGCUGCACCAGUCUGCAUGGCAGGAAAAAGACCGGGGCAAAGUUGUGAUAUCAUUGAUGGUGGCUGCCUUGGGUCUUCAAUGUGUAAUACACAACAGGGAUUGGUCAGGCCACGCACUACUAGCCUCAUCAUCCCUUCAGGCAAUCCAACUUCGAGACAAUCUGAUAGCGGAGGUACGGGUACAUUUACUGAACUUGAUGGAUGAGUGCAGCCUAGAGUCAGUUCAGGUGCCCCUAUUACUUGGUACAUAUUACAUCUUCCAUGGCUCGCCAGUCCUGGCGUGGAAUCUGCUUGGCUUCUCCGCGCGUGCAGCUUAUGCUUUAUCGUUGCAUUGCGAGAGUAGCGCACCUCUUCCCGAUCAGUUUCAAUCUCAGAUUCGUAGUCGAACAUGGAAUCAUGUGAUUGUUGCAGAUACCUUUGCGGCUAUGAUAUAUGGCCGUCCAGCUUCGUUGGACACUGCCUUUUCUGGCUUUCACGACCUAAUUGAGUUGGAUGAGAUCCGCUUGCCCUCCAUUGUAUCAAAUACAAUACAUGACUCAAAUCUGACUAGUAUCACGUUUCACAUGCUGAAAUACCGACUAUAUGAGAUUAUUCGUACAGGUCUGAACCUUUUUCGUGUUCUGAAUUUGCAGAAUCCAAUAACUCCCGAGGUAUUCUGCCGCCUUGUCGAAGCCAUUCUGCAGGCUCGCGCGUCUCUUGAGUCUUGGAAAGCGGAAUUGCCCACGGUUUUCCAGCGAAAUGCAGGAAUUGACGAAAGGGGACUGUCUUUAGUGGCUGAAUAUGAAUCCGGCGCAGAUGACUAUCCUUCUUAUAAAACCCUGAUUCUACAAGCACAGACUCUGCGGAUGACAUACGACAGUGCUGUCAUUUUCAUAAAUCGCCCUUUGCUGGAGUAUAAGGUAAGCCCCGAGCAUAGAAACACUAUUGCCGAUUAUAUGCCCGAAGUCCGGAAAUCAUUGGAUCUAUGCCUCGAUGCAGCUCUUAGUAUUUCUCGUAUAUCGGCGGAGGACUAUCGGAGUGAAUUUAGUGUUUCCUUUGUUUUGAUGAAUUACUUCAGCGCCGGAGUUAUACUAUGCCUCAUUCCAACUCUCCGACCGUUCAGUACUGCAGCAAACGAUGCGAAAGCUGGACUCCUACGCAUCAUUCGCACCAGUCGCAAGCUCCAAACUCAAAGUCAAAUUGCAAAACAUGCUGAGCAAUUGCUUACCCGGCUAUUGAAGCGAAGUCAUGAACAGGAAUUAGACAAUGGGCUUGAUGUUACAAAACCAUCCGAGCUUUUAGUUGCAAACUGCCAGGAUACACUGUCGUGCGCUUCACCUGCAUCUUCUCCGCUGCCGCAAUCGUCCAUAAGGAAUCCUCCAGAGUCACAAAGUGCUUUGGGUUUCAAAGAACAUUCGAAUGAUCUAACUCCGAGCUCUUCUCUCAGCAAUUCAGGCAUACCAUUUCCAAACACAGACGUUUCUGGGCGGCCCAUGUUCUCGUCCUCCAUGCGUAUUGGAGAUCAUCACGAGGCUAUGUCAUAUAUACCUGAAAAUGAUCGUUAUUACAUGAUGGAUCAUCAUGUUGAUGAGGCACUAGGGUUCUUCGGCCAGAUGCUCUUUAAUCUCGUGCCGAACGAUCCCCAUAGCGCUUGGAACUGGGGCAAUGGUCCUUAUUAACUUCAGGAGCCAUAUCAGACCGACCUGAAGCGCCAGCUGCACUGGGGAGGUA